UCCAGUACAUCCGAAUCGAGUUCAGCUGAAGAAGCUUAUACAAUAGAGGAGGAACUCAGGGAAUCAGUUUUUACGCCACUUAAUAAAGUAAUACAUGUGAAGAAAAGAUCUGGUAAUAAGAAGAUGAAAUGUAAAAGAUAUCCAUUCCGUUCUGUUAACGUUAAAUCAACUAAUAAUUGA